AUGAGGAGAGAUCAGAGAAGUCCAAAACAGGAUCCAAUUUUGAGUUCUCAAUAUGUUGUAUGCGAGGAAAGGUACAACUGCCGUUUUGAAGCACUUGAUCGGACGCUCAGGAAUCUUAUGUCAGUUACCGAUCAACAUAAGACACAUCAACCAUUUGGUGGUAAGAUUGUUGUUCUAGGAGGUGAUUUCAGACAGAUACUUCCGGUGAUUCCGAAAGGAAGUAGACACGAUAUAUUAGCAUCCGCUAUUAACUCAUCCCAUCUGUGGUUAUUUUGUAAGGUUCUGAAACUGCAUACGAAUAUGAGGCUUCUAAUGUCUUCUUCGGAUCAAGAUGAAGGUGAAAUGAAGAUAUUUGCUAAUUGGAUACUUGAUGUUGGAAAUGGAAAUAUUGGCUCUGUUAUUGGUGAUGAAUCAGAAGUUGAAAUUCCAGAUGAUCUAUUGAUUACAACUACUGAUGAUCCGCUCUCUCAUUUGGUAGACUUUGCAUAUCCAAAUUUGUUGUAA